AUGUCUGCUGAUUUCGGUUUGAUUGGUUUGGCCGUUAUGGGUCAAAACUUGAUCCUAAACAUUGCUGACCACGGUUACACUGUUGUUGCUUACAACAGAUCCGUUGACAAGGUCCACCAAUUCUUGGACAACGAAGCCAAGGGUAAGUCCAUCAUCGGUGCUGAGUCCAUCGAGGACUUGGUCGCCAAGUUGAAGAGACCUAGAAAGAUCAUGAUGUUGGUCAAGGCCGGUGCCCCAGUCGACGGUUUGAUCGCUCAAUUGGUUCCACACUUGGAAAAGGGUGACAUCAUCAUUGACGGUGGUAACUCCCACUUCCCAGACUCUAACAGACGUUACGAGGAGUUGAAGGCCAAGGGUAUCUUGUUCGUCGGCUCUGGUGUCUCUGGUGGUGAAGACGGUGCCCGUUACGGUCCAUCUUUGAUGCCAGGUGGUGCCGAAGAAGCUUGGCCACACAUCAAGGAGAUCUUCCAAUCCAUCUCCGCCAAGUCCGACGGUGAGCCAUGUUGUGACUGGGUUGGCCCAGCUGGUUCUGGUCACUACGUCAAGAUGGUCCACAACGGUAUCGAAUACGGUGACAUGCAGUUGAUCUGUGAAGCCUACGACAUCAUGAAGAGAAUCGGUGGUUUCACCGACAAGGAAAUCUCCGAAGUCUUCGGCAAGUGGGACACUGGUGUUCUAGACUCUUUCUUGGUCGAAAUUACCACCAACAUCCUAAAGAAGGACGACGUUGACGGUAAGCCAUUGGUUGAAAAGAUCAUGGACUCUGCUGGUCAAAAGGGUACCGGUAAGUGGACCGCCAUCAACGCCUUGGACCUAGGUAUGCCAGUCUCUUUGAUUGGUGAAGCCGUCUUCGCUAGAUGUUUGUCUGCUCUAAAGUGUGAAAGAGUUAAGGCCUCCAAGACUUUGCCAGGCCCAGAAAUUCCAAAGGACUUGAUCAAGGACAGACAACAAUUCAUUGACGACUUGGAACAAGCCCUAUACGCUUCUAAGAUCAUCUCCUACGCUCAAGGUUUCAUGUUGAUCAGAGAAGCCGCUAAGACUUACGGCUGGAAGCUAAACAACCCAGCUAUUGCUCUAAUGUGGAGAGGUGGUUGUAUCAUCAGAUCCGUCUUCUUGGGUGAAAUCACCAAGGCUUACAGAGAAAACCCAGACUUGGAAAACUUGCUAUUCCACAAGUUCUUCAAGGACGCCGUCACCAAGGCUCAAGGUGGCUGGAGAAGAUCUUUGGCUUUGGCUGCCACUUACGGUAUCCCAUCCCCAGCCUUCGCCACCGCUUUGUCCUUCUACGAUGGUUACAGAUCUGAAAGAUUGCCAGCUAACUUGUUGCAAGCUCAACGUGACUACUUCGGUGCUCACACUUUCAGAGUCUUGCCAGAAUGUGCUUCCGACUCCCUACCAAAGGACAAGGACAUCCACAUCAACUGGACCGGUCACGGUGGUAACGUCUCUUCUACCACUUACGAUGCUUAA